GACUUUGAUACGUUCACGGUUGGUAGCCGCGGAAUGCGCUACGAGCGAAUAGCCCCCGACCAGUGUGACCUGAUGGCUUGGACCCUGGACAACACGGAGCGCAUCCUGAACCAACCUGGUGGCCUCUCGUGGAACUCACGAUGGCUGGAAAUCCUAGAAAAGGCCGAUGCCGAAGGAUUUCACCCCUGCAUCCCCGAGUUCGGUUUCGGGGAUCCCACAUCCUACCGGCUGAUCAAGGAUGUGAUUGAAGCAACAAAAUUUUCUGGCGCCGUCCGUCACGGGGCCGAGUGCUUCAAUUUCUACUUCCCUCAGGAGCUUGAUUCAGAGUACCUCAUCAUCUGGGAUGGCUUCGAUGGCAAGCCCUGGGCGUAUCGCGAUGCCUCAGGUCUCCGGGAAUUUCUGCUGGAGCGCAUUACUGAAGGCUAUAGCUUUCCGAUGAAUCCA